UACAAAUUAAUUUAUGGCAAAACUAGAAAUCGGCUUAACACGACAAGAAGACUUAACAUGGAUUGAGAAAAAUAUAGAAAAGUGCAUAAUAAAGCCUUUUAAAAUCCCAGACAUUAAAGAAGUUUUCGAAAUAUGCCCGUGGUCACUGACAGUCCGACGCGAAGGCAAUCUCAUUGGAUUUGCAGCGUUUACAGACUAUCCGAUAGGUCAGUAUGAAUCUUCAAAAUGGGUAAAACAACUUCAGAAUAUUAUAAAACCUCAAAAAUACGAUGGCCUAAAUACAUUGUUUCUUCAUGUGUUUAUGUGCGACGCAGAACCCGAAGCAUGCUUACAGAAUGUGUUAAAGGAGACAUUUUGUUUCAAUGCAUCUUUGAAAUGGUGCUGUUUUCUUGCAGAAGGUUCUGCAAUUCUGGACCGCGUAAUUUCAGAAAAUUUCACACAAGAAAGACAAGUGAAAAAUGGCACACUGCAAGUUUGGUACGCAAAGAGAGAUGAUUAUAUACCAUACAUAGGAAUAAGGUCCAAAAGAUGUGAGGACUAUUUAGCUCUAAGAAAUUUAUUCAGCCAAAUGUACCCUACAUUUUCUGCCGACAGUUUACAGCAGUUCACGCUGGAUUUCUUAGAUUUUGGCGAGGACAGAUGUCCAACUUAUAAAUACUUCACAUAUGACGCAGAUAACACAUACAUUGCAGUAGCAGAUACAGAAGAUGGUGAAGCAAUCGGAUUCAUCUAUGCAACAACCCAACACGCAGACUUAGACAUGAUGAAUGCACUCUUCCAACUCGAAGCUGUUUAUGGGCUGCGGAAGUACGUGCCCACUGCUUUCGAAAUGAGUUCCGACGAAGAAGAAGUGAUCAAAAUAUUAACGACGGAUUCACCUGCAGAAGAGGAAUCAACCAAAGAAAUAACAGCGUGCUUGCAUGACAUUCUAGAUGAAAUUUGUGAAACAAGAGAUUCAGAGAUUCCAAAAACUAAAGAAGAAUCUUCGGAGGAGAAGUUAAAAUUGCUUUUUAACUCUGAAGCCUUCGAUCUUUCUAAUGAUGAUCAUUCGUCACUAAUAACAAGCAGAAAUUUGAAAUAUUUCAACAGCGAUACUGUUGUGCGUUUGAUUAAUUCAAAAUCAUUCGAUGUAAAUAAUACAACACAUACGCUAUUAGUUCCAAUUUUAGGCACAGCUGUAUAUGAUAUUUCUCCGGAACGCAUGGAUGAAAUAAUUAAUUCAGAUACUUUUAACCCAGCUGAUGAAGGAUUUGCAAGAAUAUCAGCCCUCAUCAUAACAAAAAUGCCUCCAGAGAAAAUAGAAAUGUUUCGUAAAUCCGCCAUUGGAUCCGAUUUCUAUGAAAAAGCAACAUACAAAAAAAUUCAAGCUAAAACAAAAGGCAAACCAAGGGUUUUGUCUUAUUCUGAAAUACAACUUAUUAAAAGAAAAAAGGAAAACACUCUUAGAUUAACAAAGAAAAAAGACAUACCAACAGAAAAUAUCGAGGACUCUGAAAUGCCACUUGAAAAAAAAAUUGAUUUAAAAAAAAUACAUUACAGAAAUAUGGGAUUUAUUUCAGGAAUAGCUUUUAGAGGACAAUACAGAAUUCAAAACGAUUACUCUUUACCUAAAAUUAAAGAACCGUUUGGAUUCAUAGAAAAUGAGGACUCGGAAAAGAAAUCUGAGAUGGAUUUCAACAUUGACAUAUAUGAGAGGUAUCCAAUACCACAUUAUAAAGAAGAUUACUUGCCUUCUACUAUUCCAGUAUACAAAGAAAACGAGAACUCUUUAUUUAUAGAACAAUUUGCCAUCGAGAAAGAUUACGAAUCUCUGUCUUUAUUCCUCAUCAUGGCAGCUUUUAAUUAUUUUCCAAAAGUUGACUACUGCAUGCUCCUUUUGCCUUAUGGCACAAAUCAAGUUCCAUACCUUCGACGACACUUCACACAGAUUCCUGCUCGUCCUUUCUGUACAUAUGAUAAAGAACUUUACGUAUAUCACAAGAAUGGAUUUCAUUUGCCUUAUCAAACAAGGCGAUAUGAAAAAUCAGAUUACCAAGGAACAGAAGAUCUGAUCAAAUGCAGCUGCUUGAAAGAAAAUCUCACAAGAGAUCUUGAUAAAGUUCUUAUUCCUUCUACCACACAGAUGGAUGCAAUUGUUUUGAUUUCGGAAGACAAAAUACUUGGAAUUGCUAUUGUGAGUGAAAUAAAGAAAGUGGAAAUCAUUAAACGAAGCUACGAUAUUGCAGAACGUGAGCAAUUGAAAUAUCACAAAUAUAGAAAACACGGUCUAUUACUACAUUGUGUUUUACAUCCUAUAGCCAAAUUUUUGUCGAAUGUAUUCUUAAAAGAAGUGAUGCGAAUAAGUAACAAAUCCAUUCUUUACUACAAAAUUUAUCCAAGUCACGUGAUUCCCCAUAAUCCAUCUCUCUGGCAAUCAUUAUGUAACAUCUUAGAACACCUCCUACCACUUCGACCAUCUAAAAAAACUUCAUCUAGACUUUCAAUAACUGUAAAUACCAUAAAUAAUGAAAACGUAAAUAAUAAGAAUGAAAACGACAAUUGCUACAGUUUAUGUUAUGUUAGCACAAAAUGGGUCUUACGAGACAAAAGAAUUAAUUCAUCAAGAAUCGUUGUAUUAGGGACUUCAGACAUUGCAUUGGGGAUACUCGAAAGUUUAAUAUAUAAUUCCAGUAACAGAUUUAUUAAUUUAACAAUUAUCACAAAAAACAACAUAGCAAGUGAAUUCCGUUUUGAUGAAAAGUGUUGUUCUUUUUUACCCCUGGGAACAGAUUAUACGCAAUCUGUGGUCGACAGCCUGUGCUUGCCAGCAUGGGUAACAAUAGUCCGAGGAGAUUUGGUUGCUAUAGAACAAAAGCAAGUCCGUUUGACAGCAACUGGAACAGCAAACAGAAAAGAAUUUUCAGUAGGAUUUGAUUACCUUGCUCUUUGCGUAGACACAGAAUUUCAGACAACGCAUGUUAAAAAAGUUAGUCUUCAAAAAGAGCAUUCCAUUGUUCAGAAAAAACACCCCAUGUUGAAAUAUCUCUGGGAAUAUGAGUAUAGUAUAUCAGAAAAUACUGCAAAUGUUUACACUGUAAAUUGCGUGGAAGAUGCUACUAAAAUACUUAAUUGGUUGUGGAGAUAUUUUCUUCGUAAAGCAAAAACAAGAGACAAACCGAAGGUUUAUAAAAGUUUUGCCGAAAAAGAGAGGGAUAUGAGGGACAGCAGAAUUAUUAUUUAUGGUCAAUAUAUGGAAGCAUAUACUAGUCUUGCCGUCAUCUUGACUGAAAAUUUUCCGCAUUCGAAAAUUACAUUUGUAAAACCACCUUCAAAUGUUGGUAAAUCAAAAUUUUAUUCAUCGUAUACAGAAGAAGCUUUCGAUUUUGUGCUACAAAACUCAGAAUUGGAAGUUUACUUCGAUACCCAUUUAAUGUACGAUAAAGAAUCAUCUCUAGUUGAUUUUGUUGACCUUGUCACGCCUAAAGAAACUCUUCGACUUGACUGCUGCACUGUUCUAAUUUUCGAUAUAAAAAGCACGAACCACUCAAUGUUCAAAGCUCUUCAUCAUAGUGAUUUAUCUUACAUUCUGCCUCUGAGAAACAGCAAAGGUCAUCCUUACUUGCUAAUAAAUACAAAAUUUCAGACAAAUGUCGAAAAUAUUUUUGCGGCAGGAAAUAUAACUCAAAUGCAUUUUAAUAAUAACAUUGUCACAUUUGAAGAUUGCAUUUACAAUCUAAGAGAAAUGGGCAUCCUGGUUGGUAAUAAUAUUAGCAAAACAGUGGUGGGAGAAACUAAAAUAAAUAACACGUUACCAACUUUCAAGUCGCCAUCCGUCACAUACGCCAAAUUGCCAUUUAAGUAUAUUUAUAUACAUAUUCAGCAGCCUUCUCACUUAAUACAACUAGAGAAGGGAGUAGAGGAAAUUGCACUGUGCCCCGAGGAAAUCGUUCUGGGCAAUCUUAAAACAGGUGCUGCGAUAAUACCCGAGCAGACUUCCGAGGAAACACAUGUACAACGGGAUGAAGAUGAAAAUACAAAAAUUGAAGAAGUUUCAUCCGAUCAGUCAAUUCCUGAACAAGAAGCAGAAUUCGAAAACGUUUCAACUAAUGACUCAAAUCUACAACAGGAAGAGGUCUUUCAAAAUGAUGACGAUGUUACAAAAAUAUGGCCAGCUGAACCGGAAUAUUUUGCGAUAGCCUUCGACCAGUCGGCACAUGUUAGAAAUAUCGAAUGCCUGACUAAAGCAGAUGUCGAAGCGGAUAGUUUGAUUCAACUAUACGGUAUCCAUGUUACACAGCUCUAUAAUAUUUUAGGAAUAAUCAAGGAGGAGGAUUCAGAAAAAGUAUCAUUUUCUCUUGCGGAUGAAUGGAUCCUACCUUUAGAUUAUUUAACAUUCACAGAUAAAGCAGCAACCUCAGAACAGAAGCAGAAACUUGGCUACGAAGGCUACUGGAGAAAAGGUUAUCCUGAAAGUGAGGAACUCAAACUGAACGGAUUUUUGGACUCAUUUACGAAAAUUAAAUCCAAGAAGUAGCGCAACUAAUACUGACAAUAAUCUAAAGCGGUCUAUAAACAAAAUACAAAUUGGAUGUAUUCCCUGUUCAUUAUAAGACUGCAAAAUAGGUUUUUGAUUAAAUAAAAAAGCGAAACAAGAUUGACAUGAUUGGUGUAUUUCCACCGUGUCAGGUGUGUCAAAGAAUUCUGGAAGUAACCUACGUAACAGUAAAAGCCAUUACGCCUAUUAGCAAACACGACUAGUAAGGAAAAACUUGCUAGAAAUAUCCAAGAUGAAAAAAAAGUAUGUUAAACACUUGCCUUCAUCUUCGUCGUCGCUUUAUGAAAGAAUCAAUUAUGCUAACCAACAUACGAUGGUCUCUACUUUCGUAUUUCCGAAUAUCUUAUGCAAGGCACAUCAAUGUACAAGACGUUGUGGCAAGAAUGUAAUGAAUGCAUUAAAGUAAUUCGUCAUUGUUAUUUUUACAUAUAUCGCAAAUAAAAUUAAGAAAA